GACGUGUGUUAUGGGUUCAGGGAAAGGCGCUAGGGUCCUCACACCAGGAUUCAUUCAUCUGCAGGCCUGGUGCUUUGUGGAGCAUAGGGCAAGAAGAGCUUUGUUAGAGCCUGGGAUUGAAUUGGGCACCUUGAGAUGUACAGCUUCCCACUCUCCUGGUUGAGCUAUUUAAGCAGCCUCUCCGUGCCUGCCCCUGCUCUGGGCCUGGGGACUGGAGGGAGCUGCACACACAGCUGUAGAAUGGGGGUACGUGGAGCCUAGGGUGCAGGAUGGGGACGAUCUAAGCUGCCCCUCCUAGCUCCCAAAAGGGCAGGUGAGACCCCGCCUCUAGACAGAGACUUUUGAGUGCUAGGUGGGUGACAGAAGCACAAGAGUUUAGCAUCUAGGAGAGUGACAGGCACUAAAUAGGUCAUUUCACUACUGAAGAUUUAAUUAAUGGAGCUAAGUGAUCUGAGAGAAAAGUUUAGGGAGGAACAAGGUGGUGAUUCUUGUGGGUCAGGGAAGGCUUCCCAGAGGAGGUGGUGCCUGUGCUGAGAUGAGAUGGAAUGAGAAGGGUAACUGUAAAGACUGGUUUCAACCUAAGAACAGCAUGCAGCUGAUACAGGGUUUAACCAGGGGAAGAGUGUGACCAGAUCUCCAAUCUAGAAAAGAGCCCCCUCUCUGCAGGGCAGAGUGUAGCCUGGGGUGGAGAGUGAGGGGCAGGAAGUGUGGGGAAACCAGGGAGGCCAGUGCAGUGUCCAGGGGAGAGAGGAUGCUAGCUAAAACAAGCAGUAAUUAGGAGAAAGAAGUGGAUAAAGGGUCAUUUGGGAUGUGAAAUAAGGCUUAGCCAUGGGUAGAGCCCAGCAUGCCUAUGAGCCACCAGAUGGACAGCUACGGUGCCCCUCUUGAGAGAGGGAAGACAGCAUCCGAGACAUGGAAGACAGAAGUUUCAGCAUCACCUUGGCCGAGGACUGAGCCUCGGUGUUUGAGGUUUUAGGAAGAAGGCAAAGGCAGCAAAAGAGAGGCAGGAGUUGGGAGAAGGACAAAUGGCAGACAUGACUGAUGCUGUUGGAAGGCCAUCAACAAUGAGAACAGAGACCUGGUCAAUGUGACAGCCUCAGGGCUUUGGGACCUGAGGUUAGAGUUGGGGUCAGGGUAGGCAGAGCUCGGGGCUCAGGCUGGACAGUGGCCAGAGAGGAGGGAUUUGUCCCUCUGUUCAGACAGAGGGCCCAGGAGCAGCAUGGAGAGCCAGGCAAGGGGCAUCUCCCCCUUCCCAAGCUGCCUAGGACCAGAGCUGAAGGUGAAAGUGAAAGAGAAGAUGCAGAAAAAAGGGGCCGGCAUGCUCUGAGGGAAGGUGAAAGCAAAAGGAGGAAGCUCAGUAGUGCAGCCAGAGAGAGGUCUAGGCUUCGGCCUUCCUCCCUCCGUGUUGAUCCCACUCCUCUGACCCCCUGCCCACCUGGAGAUGCAGAAGACAGCGCUAGAACCCCAAAAGGGCUUCUCCUUCGAAAACUGCGAGAGAAACGCAGCCUUGGAACGCUCCCUCCCGGGGCUCCGUGUCCCUCAUGCACGCAAGACCGGAACCACCAUCGCAGGCCUUGUGUUCCGAGACGGGGUCAUCCUGGGCGCGGAUACGCGGGCCACUAACGAUUCGAUCGUGGCGUACCAGAGCUGCGAAAAGAUCCACUUCAUCGCCCCUAAAAUCUACUGCUGUGGGGCUGGAGUAGCCGUGGACGCUGAGAUGACCACGCGGAUGGCGGCGUCCAACAUGGAGCUACACGCGCUGUCCACAGGCCGCGAGCCCCGCGUGGCCACCGUCACCCGCGCGUUGCGCCAGACGCUCUUCCGGUACCGGGGCUUCGUGGGCGCCUCGCUGAUUGUGGGCGGUGUAGACUUCACCGGACCGCAGCUCUACAGCGUGCACCCCCACGGCUCCUACAGCCGUCUGCCCUUCACGGCCCUGGGCUCCGGCCAGGAUGCGGCCCUGGCAGUGCUGGAGGACCGGUUCCAGCCGAACAUGACGGUCCAGACAGUACCGCUUUGCCCCUGGGACCACAGCUGUCCUGUCAGAGACAGUGAUGCCACUGACCCUGGAGCUGCUGGAGGAAACUGUGCAGGACAUGGAUGUGGAGUGAAAGCAUGGCAGGGAGCUGAACCUCCACAGCUGCCUGGCCUCAGUCCUGGGACUUUGGCUCAAGGAUGAAGAGAACCAUAAAGCCAGGCCCAGUUCUCAACCUCAUGCCUGCCACAAUGUUGCUGCUCAGCCUGCUCCUUACCCUGGUCCUCCUUGGCUCCUCCUGGGGUGAGUGGGCCUGGCCCAGCCCUGACUGAACAGCCUUAGGGCAACCCAGCUCCCAGCACCAGCCCAGGCUUCCUGCUCAGGGGCUCAGGGAAGGGGCCAGGCUGGCUAGAAGGGAAGCAGGUGGACAGAGUGGGCAAAGGAAAAAGGAUGUGGCAAGGCUGGGAGGAUGCAAGAGGGGGUCAGGGGCCAGUCUCACAAAUGGGACAGGAGCUUGGGCUGGGCCCAAGAGCCGGGGAGGGUUUAGGAAGCUGAGAAGCAAAGGUUGAACGUGUAGUUUAGGAAGAGCCUUCUGGCUGCAUGUGGGGUAUGGACCGUUGAGGUCUGGAGGGAGUGAAGAGGCUAGGAAGGAGACAGGAAUAUUCCUGGGGACAGGGAGAAAAAUGGCCUGGGAUCGGGGGUGGGGUGGAGUUGGGGAAUGGUGGGGAGUAGGUUGGAG